AUGCAAAUAUUUUCAUUAAACUCUAAGAAGAAAUCACCGAAAAAGAUAGCUACAUCAUCAUCACGACAAAGCGAUGAUCUACAAAAUAAUAAUAAUAAUAUAUUAAACAGUACGAAGAAGGAUCAAAAACCAAUUAUAUCAUACUAUGACAUCAGGGUUGAUUCCCCAUAUAAGGAUUUGAUAUUGAUUCAAGGUACACCUUUAGAGUCAACACCAAUUUCUCUUUCAGGUAAAUUAAUCUUCUCUUUAAAUGAAGAUACUGAAGUUAAAAGAAUUAAGUUAAGACUUACUGGUAGAUUUAAAUUAGAAUUUUUACAAAUGAGUAGAAAAAAAGGUACUGGUGGAAUGACUAGUAUAGUUAAAGAACAGCAAACAUUAAUCGAAUGUGAAUGGGAUAACUUAUUAAGAUCUUCUAAAGGUCAUAUUACCGUCAAUAAUAUUAGUGGAUAUAAUAUUAGUGGUAAUAAUAAUAAUAAUAAUAAUAAUAAUAGCAAUAGUGAUAGAUCAAAUGAAAAUAUUAGUGACACAAACUAUAAUAAUGAUAGUGGUAAUGACAACAAUAGUGGAAGUAGUACUCCAAUUGAAAUUGAUCAUCAAAAUAAAAAAGCAAAUAAAAAAUUUAGAAUCUCUGGUAAACAAGGAAAGAGAACUACACAAAUGUUAGAAUUACCUGAGGAUGGUUAUUCUGGGACACCAUAUCCAGAUUUAAAUAACGAUAAUAAAAAAUAUACAUUUUUAUUACGUAGAGGUAAUUAUGAAUUACCAUUUGUUAUACAAUUACCUAGUGAUAUACCCGAGACUGUUGAAGGUUUACAAAGUAGUAGUAUAUUAUAUUCAAUGGAAGGUGUUAUUGAACGUCGUAAAAAGACUAAUCUAAUGAUGUUAAAUGAAACAGACAAAAGAAAUUUAAACGCAAUUUUAUCAGCAAGUAGUAGUAUCAUUAGUAGUGGUUAUGAUUCAAGUGCAUUCAAUCAAUCAUUAAACCUUGGUAGUAAAAUAUUUACCAAAUAUAAGUAUCUUAGAGUGUUAAGAACUUUAUCGACAGAUAAUCUUGCAAUGCAAGAAGAAAUGUCGGUUGGUAAUACAUUAAUUGAUAAAUUACAAUAUGAGAUUAAGAUUCCAAGUCGAGCUAUUCCUAUUGGUGGUAGAACUCCAAUUCAAAUUAAAAUAUUCCCAUUUCAAAAAAAUUAUAUGUUAAACAAAAUUAGUAUAUCACUAAUACAAAUGUAUUCUAUGAAAGAUUCAGAUAAUCAAGUGUAUGAAGAUGAAGUUGUUGUAAAUCGACAAAGUAUGGUUGAAUUUGGUGAUCUUGUUGAACAAGGAACAAAUCGAUUAAUUGAUAAAUUUGAAUUAUUCAGUGAAAUACAAUUACCUGAUGAUCUUAGACGUGUUACUCAAGAUUGCGAUAUUAAGAAUGAUUAUAUACAUGUUCAUCAUAAACUAAUGUUUCAUAUUAUAUUGAAAAGAACAUUACCUGGUGAAAAUACGCCAAAAAAUUUAGAGAUUAAAGCAAAUAUACCUAUUUUAUUAUUUGUGUCACCACAAUUACCGAUGAAAGGUCGUUUAGUAUUAUUUGAUCAAAUAACAGGGAAAAUUCAUUUUAGAGCAGGAAAACUUGUACAACUUUUCUCACCAAUUAAUAAUAAUAAUAAUAUUACAAAUCUUAAUAAUUUACAUCUUGGAACCCAACAAGAACUAAAUUAUAAUUGGUUUGGUGAUCAACUUGGAUAUAAUACACUGAAUAUAAAUGCUAUAAAUAACAAUGGAAAUAGUGUACCACCACCGAAUUAUCAAGAAAGAACCAAUGAUCAAUUGAUUCAACAAUUAGAAGGGAUACUACCAACAACAGACCUAUUGAAUAGUUCUAUGACAAUCUCAGGUUCGGCGGCUAAUGCCGUCAAUGAUAGCGGCAAUUUCCAUAUCACGAAUAUUACCACAUCCGAACAACAACAACAACAACAACAACAGCCGCCAUCGAUUCAAAAUGGUAACAGUAAUGAUAAUAUUACACAUAGUAAUGAAACCACAGAAAUUUAUGAACAACCACCACCGCUACUAUCUCAAUGGAGUGAUCAAAGUGAUACAAUUCCAGAAUAUAGCGAAACUCCAUAA